CGGAGGGCGGCGGGGCGGCCUUGGCGGGCGGCCGGUGACACAGGCAGCCCGUCCGUCGCCACAGCCGCUUGUCGUCCCUGGGUGAAGCUAGCCCGCGGGGCGCCGUCUGCCUGCCCGGAGCCGAGCCGGAGGGGGCGGGGAAGCUGCUCAGCCGAGUCUGGGCGUCUACACCGCGACCGGGCCCGGGCCGGAGCGGCGACCGGCCGGGAGCCCAGCGUCGGGGAUGGACACUGGCUGUGCCGUGCGCGUCCCUCCUCCGUCGUGCUGCCCGCCGCUGGCGGAGCCGGAGGUCGCAGAGUGCUGAAGCUGUUGGAAGAUGGCAGAAGAAGUGGUGGUAGUAGCAAAGUUUGACUAUGUGGCUCAGCAAGAACAAGAGCUGGACAUCAAGAAGAAUGAGAGAUUAUGGCUUCUGGACGAUUCCAAGUCCUGGUGGAGAGUUAGAAACUCCAUGAAUAAAACGGGUUUUGUGCCUUCUAACUAUGUAGAAAGGAAAAACAGCGCUCGCAAAGCAUCUAUUGUAAAAAACCUGAAGGAUACUCUGGGCAUUGGAAAAGUGAAAAGGAAACCUAGUGUUCCGGAUUCUGCAUCUCCUGCUGAUGAGAGCUUUGUCGACCCUGGGGAGCGUCUCUAUGACCUCAACAUGCCUGCUUAUGUGAAAUUCAACUACAUGGCUGAGAGAGAGGAUGAAUUAUCACUGAUAAAAGGGACGAAGGUGACCGUCAUGGAGAAAUGCAGCGAUGGGUGGUGGCGGGGCAGCUACAAUGGGCAGAUUGGUUGGUUUCCUUCAAACUAUGUAACUGAAGAAGGUGACAGUCCUUUGGGUGACCAUGUGGGUUCUCUGUCAGAGAAAUUAGCAGCGGUCGUCAAUAACUUAAACACCGGACAAGUGUUGCAUGUGGUACAGGCUCUUUACCCAUUCAGCUCGUCCAAUGAUGAAGAACUCAAUUUUGAGAAAGGAGAUGUAAUGGAUGUUAUUGAAAAGCCUGAAAAUGACCCAGAAUGGUGGAAGUGCAGGAAGAUGAAUGGAAUGGUUGGUCUGGUGCCCAAAAACUAUGUUACCAUCAUGCAGAAUAAUCCGUUAACCUCAAAUCUGGAACCAUCGCCUCCACAGUGUGAUUACAUUCGGCCUUCACUCACUGGAAAAUUUGCUGGCAACCCUUGGUAUUAUGGCAAAGUCACCAGGCAUCAAGCAGAAAUGGCCUUAAAUGAAAGAGGACAUGAAGGAGAUUUUCUCAUUCGUGAUAGUGAAUCUUCGCCAAAUGAUUUCUCCGUGUCACUAAAAGCACAAGGGAAGAACAAGCAUUUUAAAGUCCAGCUCAAAGAGACUGUCUACUGCAUUGGGCAGCGUAAAUUCAACACCAUGGAAGAACUUGUAGAACAUUACAAAAAGGCACCAAUUUUUACAAGUGAACAAGGAGAAAAAUUGUAUCUUGUCAAGCAUUUAUCAUGACACCACUGCUCCAAAGUGACUGCCAUACAGCUUUAAUUCAUCAUGAAUUGAAGACAGAAAAUGUUGGUCCAGUCAUACUUGAUUGGAGUUGCUGUUUCUAACUCUGCGCGAGAAACUGAUAUACAGAAGUUUUUAUUAUAACUCAGCUUAUACACAUAUACUAUGUAUGCAGUGCAUUCACAUAGAACAGUUCCCUUGAGCUUCUAUUAUUUUCUGUUUUGCUUUUUCCCUUUUGCUUCAUAAGGGUUUUGUAUUUUGAAAAAAAGUCAAAUAAUAUAGAUCAGAAGUCUUUAUAUGGAAAAAUUCCUUUACUGCCUUUUGUUAAUUUCCUUAUAAAGGCACCCUGUUCUGUUUUCUCUUCAUUCAUACAUAUAUAUAUAUAUAUAUAUG